GCAUCCUGGCUCAAGCGGGUUGGCUUCAAGCAUGAAGGGCUCAGGCCACUAUGGAGCCAAUGCUCUUGGAUGUUAGGAGGCAUUCGGCGAGGGUUUCGAGAAGGCGCUGUUUCGCUCGAAGUGGCAAUCAAGAAGUGUGGUCGGACAAAACAGUGGAGCGCAGCAUUGCAGUUGCUCCGCGAAGGAAUUCAGUUCGGUGUCAGACUGUUCCCGGGCUACUACGUUGCCACUGCCAGCUUAUGCAGAACAUGCGGGCAAUGGCAAUGGGCAUUGUGUGUGCUGAGUGGGCUGUUGGAAUCCAAGAUGGAGCCCACCGUCAUCAGCUACAACGCUGGGAUCAGCGCGUGCGAGAAGGGCGGGCAGUGGCAAACUGCUAUGUCUCUACUCAGCGAGAUGCAGGAGGCGAAGGUAGAGCCCGACGUUAUCAGCUACAGUGCUGUGAUCAGCGUGUGCGAGAAGGACGAACAGUGGCAGCGGGCUUUGGCGCUGCUCGUCGAGAUGUGUGAUUCGAGGGUGCAGCCUGACGUCAUCAUCUACAGCGCUGUCACCAGCGCGUGCGGGAAGGGCAAGCAGUGGCAGCGGGCUCUGGCGCUGCUCAGCGAGGUGCGGGAGGCAGAGCUUGAGCCCGACAUUAAGCUACAACGCUGGGAUCAGCGCGUGCGUGAAGGGCGAGCAGUGGCAGCGGGCUUUAGCAUUGCUCAGCGAGAUGUGGGGGGCGAAGCUGGUGCCCAACGUGCAGCUACAGCGCUGUGA